AUGAAGCCCACUGCUUGGUUCAUCUUUUUUUGUGCUAUAAUAUCUGCACGAGCGAGUGAUAAAUGUGGUGAUAACAUCGUGACUACUGUUACAACGGUUUCGGGAUGUGGGUUAGAGUUGCUGUUCACGAAGCUGGAUGGUUUGCAACAAAAGUUAGAGAAGAUACAGUCCGGAUUGGAUGAACAUCAAGCUACCCAGCAAAAGGUCUUAGCUGCUUUCCAUAGCCUCGAGCAUGAGAUCAGAUACAACAUCAGCCUGCUCCACGAUCGCACUGCGAAAGAUUGUGGGCAACUAACAACACAAACCUCCUUUGCAUCGUGCAAAGAUGUGCCAUCGAAUGUUUCGGGAACAUAUCUGAUCCGCGCGGACAAUGAAAGUGAACCAUUCCCUGUUUGGUGUGAACAAACCAAAUUUGGUGGCGGUUGGAUCGUAUUUCAGCGUCGAUACGACGGAUCUUUGGAUUUUUACCGCAACUGGGAUGAAUACCGCGAAGGAUUCGGCGAUGUGCAAAAGGAGUUCUGGCUCGGUCUGGAGAAACUGCACCAACUCACAUCGGCCCGUAGACAUGAAUUGGUGGUUGAAAUGAAGAAUCUGAACGAAGAUUACGGUUAUGCCCGCUUUACUACGUUCGAAAUUGGAAGUGAAGACGAAGGGUACAGCCUGAAGAAACUUGGGGAAUACAGCGGAAACGCCGGCGAUUCAUUGAAGGAUCACAAAGGGAUGAAGUUCUCUACGAGGGACCGGGAAAAUGAUGAGAAUGAGAAAGAAAACUGUGCCCAAGAGUAUUACGGUGCUUGGUGGUACAAAGCAUGUCACCAGUCGAAUUUGAAUGGCGGCUAUAGGAACUUUGUCAACACAAAAUCGAUGAGUUGGUUUAGUUUUGAUGACUCAUAUCAGGGAAUGAAAUAUUCAAGAAUGAUGAUUCGUCCGAAGAAUUGA